UCGACGAAGCCUUACACGUCAUUACUGGCGUGAGACUCACGAUCCAGCGGACAAUAAAAGAACAAUAAGGAGAGUGCUGGGUGUAGGACCAUCCAAUUAGCGGUUCAUUAGCGGGUGUCGGCGUGUGUGAGGGCCCCAACGCAGCCAUCAUAUCCAGUAACUCCAACAUAGUGUGAUAGAUUACUCUCUCUCUCUCCCUUCUCUCCUGGGCCACCCCUCCACUAUCCUGGGCCACCCCUCCAUCAUCGUGGGCCACCCCCUCCAUCACCCUCGCCACAAACACCCAUGGUUUUAGCCUCCCUCAAGAGAUACGUUUUAUCUGGUCCCGACUCCCCUUUGAUGUCAUGCUUCCAGUUCUUCUACAAAGAACUCGGCGCUGAAAAGAUAUUCCAGUCGAGCUCGCUAGUGUGUAAAGUUUCUUAAUAUUUGCCUUGGUCAAUUGGAUUGAUGCGAGGCCUGAUAACAGCGCCAAAAUCGCCGCCUGAGACCUCCUUCCCGCCACUGUCACGAGCCACGCCCGCCUUUUAAUUUCCCUGGGUGCGAUUGGUGCUCACGCGAGCGGUUAACGGAUGAAGGGGAAUGAUUGGCCGAGGGGCUGGGCUGGUGAAGUUCACCAGCCACUCAGAGGUAGGUAGGCGGAGCCUGGCCAGUCAAAAGUGAUUUAUGGUGAGUGAUGAUCCAUGGAUGUUCACUUGGUGUGUGCUUGUUGUUGCGGUCGCCACGUGUUGUGCUGGUGGAGCCUCCUCCGCCCAGUGUGUGUUUACCGCCUGAGGAGUGGACCUUGCGGACGCUUGGUUGAUCUUGUGGUGUGUUCAGUUGAACAAAGUGGCGUCAGGAGGCGGUAAAAUGGUGGAGACGGGAGGCGUCCGCUCCUCAGGCUCUUCGCCAGUGUCUUCGGCGCUGCCGCCGUUGCCGCCGCCAGGACUGCCGCUUGCGGGCACGGCGGUUUCAGUGGCGGAGCAUCUAGGCCCCUCGUCCUUGCCCUGCCUGGCCCCGCUGCCGCACUACCCAUACCCAGCCUACCUCCACCAUCUGAGUCAGUACAUGGGCACUGCCGACCCCCUCAAGCAGUACCUGGCCUCCAGCGACCCCCUCAAGCAUUACCUCACCUCCGAGCACCUCAAGUACCUCCUUCCGGAACACAUGCGCCUCUACCUGGGCCACGACCCCCUCAAGUCGUACGCUUCCGUCGACCCGCUCAAGGUCCCGCUACACAUGUCGGACCCCCUGAAGAACUACGCGUCGGCAUCGGAACAGCUUCGAUGCCUGGCGUCGGGGGAAGCGACGGACGGCGGCGUACUGCAGCCGGCUUCGCGGGCACCUUCAUCAGUGUUUACCAUAGAGAGCCUCCUGGCACCCAGGACUUCAGGGGCUGCCCCAAGGCUGCCCCAUACACACUUCCCUACCCUCCCUCGCUCACACUACGACCUCCUGGGGCCCAGCCAGUACCCGGGACUGUAUUCAGCCUCCCUCUUCGGCGGUUCCGGCGCCGGUGGCAAGAGAAAGCGGAGACACCGAACUAUCUUCACUGAAGAGCAGCUGGAGGAACUGGAGAGGACCUUCGCCAAGACUCACUACCCUGACGUCCUCCUCAGAGAGCAGCUCGCCCUCAAGGUCGACCUCAAGGAGGAGAGAGUUGAGGUGUGGUUCAAGAACCGGCGAGCCAAGUGGCGGAAGCAGAAGAGAGAGGAACAGGAGCGGCUGAGACGCCUUCGUGACGACACCAGCAGCUCCCACGACCCUUCCCACGACGACACCCGCGAUCCCGACCUCAGCAGCGACGACGACGUCACCGCCGCCGCCGCCGCCGACAACCUCAGCUCUUCGGAGGGGCAGACGACGCCGGGGAAAUCAUCGGCGGUGGCGUCGGGCGGCGGGGACAGCGGCGGCGGCGGGGACACCGCUGCUGCUGGAGUCCCCACCCUGACUUUCUUCUCCCCAGCCAAGAUGGCGGCCGCCGAAGCGGAUGCUCAACGCGCUGAUGGUGACUUAUCUUCGCCCCACCGCCUUACCCACGCCUGCCACCAGGACCCCACUGCCGCCGCCACGCACGCCCUCAGUGGCACUCUCGAUGCCACGCCCUCGCUGGCACACCACGCUUUCCUUAUGGCCGCUGAGGACCUCCAUGCUGCCAAGCGCAGACGAAUCUCCACUGAAUGUUCUGAGAUUGAGCUGACGUAAGGUUGCAAGACUGCCAAAUAUGUCCGACUUAUUCUGUUAAGACCAUCCAUCUCCGCCAAAUAUGUCCCAUAUAUUCGGUCAAAACUCUCCAUCCUUUCCGUCAGAAUACCUCAUUUGGUCCUCUAGAGCUUAUCUUAGACCUUACCCACUCGUUCAAAGACCUACCCAAUCAGUCAAGACCUCUCUCCAGCUUGACCA